CCGACAUUCAAGUAAUAAAAUGGCAUUGGCAGCACGAAAGAUUGACGAAAAGGACUGUCCCAAAUUCGAACUUAAAGGGUCGCGAUUUAAUCAGGAAACAUUCAGGGGAAGAUAUCGUCACUUUUUAGAUGUCACAGAUCCAAGAACCCUAUUUGUGUCCAAGAAGCAACUAGAUGAUGCCGUCAAAUUAUUGGACCACUUUAAGAAUGGGACAUUACCUGAAGGAAUCACCAACAAACAACUCUGGGAGGCACAGAAGCUGAAACAGGCAGUUUUCCAUCCGGACACAGAGAAGAAGAUCUUCAUGCCGUUGAGGAUGUCAGGUGUUGUUCCUUUUGGUACAAUCGCAGUAGUUGGCAUGUUACUGCCAAAUCCAACCCUGGCCUCAACGCUCUUUUGGCAGUGGAUAAAUCAGAGUCACAAUGCCUGUUUCAACUAUGCUAACCGUAAUGCCACAAAGGUAAGUUGUAAUCAGUGAAAGUGUUAAUAUGAAGCUAGAGUCAUGUCCAAAUCAACUGGUUAGGGCUAGGAGUUGCACGUAUCUAUGGGAAGUGACUGCUAGCCCCUAGCCACUGGCUUCCAUAUGUAUUUGUGUUGUUUCUGGCCACAUGCACGACUUUAGGAUGCAGCCUAAGGCCUAGUGACUUGAUGCUACUGAACACAAUCACUUUUUGCUACCAGAAACUUGGUCUUUUACGCAUGCUGAAGCCUUUAUGCCGGUAAAGUGUAUCAUGUUGAUUCAAAGGCAGUAUUGAAGGCAGUGUGAGCAUAAAUCCUCACGCUUUGGCAAGUAGGAGCAAGUUUGUCAAGUAAGAUACAUUAACUCAAACUUUCAGUUAACUGUCUUUGGGUUCCCUAAAAUUGACACUUGGAGAUCUUUAAUU